AGAUGAUUCUGCCUGAUGCAAAUUAGCAACAAUGGAGCACCAAAACCACAUUGUUUCCUUGGUGUUCUUGGUUGCCAUGCUCUGUGUUUGUGUCAUGGUUGAUUUUGUGCAAGCGUCUAUUUUAGUAACAUCGGAAAAAGGUUUAACUGAGGAAAAGUAUACCAAACUACGCUCUACGAAAACCAUGACGAGUACGGCCAUCAAAGAUGCAUCCAGUCGAAAGAGAAGAUCUAUCCAGGAGCAAGAUGAUACUGGACAGGUUGAUGUAUGUGCAGACAUCAUAGGGCCAAAAUGGAAGAUUAAGAAGCAAGGAAAAGGUCCAUGCCCAACAUUAGUUGUGUGGGUGCCAAAGAAAACCGGCUUCACCGAGUUUGUUAAAGUCAACGAACAAUUAAAAGUGGAAGGUGGAUUCUCCGUAGCCGUAUUCUGUCAUGCAUUACAWUUAUUACCUUUCAACAUCAAGCCUAUCUUCAAAACUUUCAUCAAUGAUAAAGGGGAAAGUGGCACCUAUGAUCAACUUCUACACCACAUUGAGGGCAAGACUUGUCACGCUGUGGCAGCAGAUGUUACCGUGCGUGGUGAUCGAGCUCAGUACGUUGAUUUUACGAUCCCCUAUCUGAGCUCUGAAGUUUAUAUGCUUGUGCUUGCUACACAUGAAUGGAACCAAACCCUGUGGACUUUUGUAAGACCUUUUACCAAGAGAUUAUGGAUCACACUACUUGGUGCGUGUAUUUUUAUUGGACUUGCAGUUGCAAUUCUGGAAUACCGUGUUAGCAACCCAAAAUUCACAUCCCCAUUCUAUCAGAAACUAAUAAUGGUCAUCUGGUUUCCAAUUUCGACAUUCUUUUUCCAUGAAGGAAAGAUACUCAAUAGGUGCUCCAAGAUUGUGCUUGUUAUCUGGCUAAGUAUGAUUUUCAUAGUAGUUCAGAUUUUCACAGCAACUUUAUCUUCAUGGUUGACACUAGAUCAGCUACGUCCCAGAUUGCCCUCGAGUUUCGAAAAUGUUGGAUAUCAAGAUGGUUCCUUUUUAAAAGAUCUUAUAGCGCAAAAAUCCAAUUAUUCUGGGAGGAAUAUAGUGCCCCUAAAAGGCGUUGAAGAAUUUAAAAAUGCUUUGUCCAAUGGCAGUGUAAAUGCCAUCUAUGAUGAACUUCCUUACAUCCAACUCUUUCUUGCUAAGUAUGGCUCUGAUUACAUGAAGUUUGGACCAAUAAACCAAGAAUCUGGAAUUGCAUUUGCAUUCCCUCGUGGAUCUCCUUUAUUACAGAACUUUUCUAGGGCAGUCAUAAAUGUCACAGAAAGUGAACUUAUGAUGGAAAUGAAGACAAAAUAUCUUGGGUUCUCUACUCUUGAUAAAUCACAACAAAAUCAAGCCCUUCCACAAAGUCUUGAUGUUCAGAGCUUUAUUGGAUUGUUCAUAUUCAUGGGGAGUGUGACUAUAGUUGCAGUUAUCUGGUCAGAAAUCUCCCUUAGGAGGAGAAACAACAAAAUCCUUCCCCUGACAUCAACAGAUAAUUAAAUGCAUCUCCGACAUACUACGAAUUGCUUUGGGAAACCGAUUAAAAGGAAUCAGAAUCCAAACUGCAGGCAUGUACUGCAAACCCAAAUAGGAAGUUU